AUGCUACCCAAGGUGGAUGUUAAAGUCACCAUGACGGAGCGCGUAUUCCCUCAAAAGCCAAUGCAGCAUGAACACGCAGUUCCACUGUCGCUACUGGACGCGACUACCGCCAACUUUGCCCUUACAAACGCUAUUUGGCUCUUCGAGCCACUCGAUGAGAAGGCUGGAGUGAACGUCGCCGUGCACCUCCGCCAAACACUCAGUGCUGCGCUUACUUCGUAUCCUCAGUGGGUCGGCCAGCUGAAAUCUAUCGCUGUCGUCAACGAUGCAUCGGUUCCAGCUGAAGCGCAAGAGUUCCCAGCCCACGCCCGUCGCUUCGGUCGUGUGUACGCACAUUUCGGGGCCUCUGCAGACGUCGGUGUAGAGUUCAUCUCUGCAACAAGCCCUGCCACCACGGACUCACUAUACCCAACGGAGCGCGUUAGGACCCAGCCACUUUGGGAUCGCAAGGACAACAAUCUUGUUAGAUUUGUGCCUACUACCGAUAUUGCGCUUGCUCUACAACCUAACGAGCCCGAUGCCGUAACGAGAUUGCGCAAGCCGAUCAUGGCUAUCCAAUGCACCACAUUGUCAGAUGGUGGUUUUGUCCUCGCUGCCAAAACGGCGCAUCCUUUCGCGGACAUCACUGGCCUUAUCCGUUUCAUCAAGGACUGGGCCAGUGUGAGUAGUGCCGUCAUCAAGGGUCUCGCAGCCCCGGCCCUGACUCCUAUCUUCGAACCGGCUCGUUUGGACAACCUUGCUGCAGGAGACAUAAACGCUGGGGAGUCGGAUCUGGCUAUAAUUAGACGAACUGAACGUUUACCCAUGCACAGAUAUGACUGGUGGGCUGCGCCUGGAAAGCCUCCCACGCCGUUCCUCGAUGCGGCCAAUUUGGUCUCACCAGCAGGCAAGCCUAUGCCAUGGGCGGAAUGGGAUCUUAAGGUGCCUGUUUCAGACUAUACCAUUCAUCUCAACACAGCGCAGGUCGAUUUUCUCUUGAAAAAAGCUGCGAAAUACACUGACAGUGAUGGCCAGAGAAUCAGCAAGCAUGAUGCUGUGUUAGCACACAUUUGGUCCUGCAUUGUGCGUGCACGUCAACUCGGGAAAGAUGACGGCCCCGUGUAUUGUGAUCUUGUACUUGGCGUUCGAUCUGCUUUGAAGCUAGGUGAAGGCUUUUUGGGUUCGCCAAUCAUCAUGAUGAAAGUUGAGCUGCCGGGCUCUGAGGUUGGCUACGAACAAUCAAAUACCGUUAGUACCGCAGCGAUAGCUCUCAUUGCCCGAAAGAUUCGGCAUACGAUCUCUACUAUCAGCGACCCAGCCAAUCUCGCAGAUCAUCUUCAUAGCGCUGCGUACGAGAAGUCCCCUCAGCGUAUAUGGCAGGCGUUCCUUGGCCGGCGUCAUAUCCUUGUGACAACUUGGGCGCGCGCUGGCAUCUACGAUGUCGACUUCGGUCUUGGAUCGCGCAUACGAUACGCGGACGGCAUCGUGCCGAACUUGGACGGCAAUGUUCUCAUUAAAGAAGCACCUCCAUCUUCCAGAGAGUUCUCUUCUGCAUCUCGGGCAUCCUGGACCGACAGCGGGGUGGAUAUCUCUGUCCAUAUUUGUACUGAGGAUAUGGAGCGAUUGCUCAAGGAUCCUUUCUUACUGCCGCCCCUUAGUUAG